AUGGCGGAUCCAGUGACCAUGCUAGGCAUGAAAGCCAUAGGAUGGGUAACAGCGCCUAUCGUCUCUGAGCUUUUCAAGAAAUGCGCCAACUACCUGAGCUUUCACGCGUCAGAGAAGUUACGACAGCUUGGUCCAAAAGUUUUGCUGAUCGAGAGGGCUAUGGAGGUAUUUGAGGAGUUCCCCAACAGGUCUCGUGUGAAGCAGCUCUUCAACGAUCUUAAGAAUGCUUUCUAUGAAGCCGAAGACAUCUUGGAUGACAUUGAGUAUCAUUGUCUCGAGAAAAAGAUCCAAGAUGACAAGUUCAAAUCAGAUGGCAUAAGAGAUGCUGGCUGA